GUCGGGGAAAGAUCACGGAAGCGUAGCGUGAUGGGAUGCGAUGGCGGCACCAUCCCCAAGCGGCACGAGCUGGUCAAGGGGCCUCGCAAAGCUGUCAAGGUUGACAAAACUGCUGAAUUGGUGGCGAGAUGGUACUACUGCACUCUGAGUCAAGAGAAGUUAUGUCGCCCCAUAGUAGCCUGUGAGCUGGGCAGGUUGUAUAAUAAAGAUGCUGUCAUUGAAUUUCUGUUGGACAAGUCAGCCGAUAAAACUCCUAUGGAAGCUGCAUCACAUAUCAAGAGCCUUAAGAAUGUAACAGAACUAAACCUUGCAGAUAAUCCAGCUUGGAGUGGUGACAAAGAAAGUAAAAAAGGUGACACGUAUGACGACAUCCAGUCUGCACGCUUUAUAUGCCCUGUGGUGGGGUUGGAAAUGAAUGGAAGGCAUAGGUUUUGCUUCCUGAGAAACUGUGGCUGUGUGUUCUCUGAACGUGCUCUCAAAGAAAUUAAAACAGAAGUUUGUCACAAGUGUGGUGUUCCCUUUCAAGAGGAAGAUGUGAUUAUCCUUAAUGGUAAUAAAGAAGAUGUGGAAGUACUGAAGAAAAGAAUGGAGGACAGAAGACUCAAAAGUAAAUUAGAAAAGAAGUCAAAGAAAUGUAAGUCAGCAGAAUCAGCUGCCCAGCAAGUUACCACUGAAGAUUCUCCAGGUCCAUCUAAAGUUAAGAACAGUAAGGACUGCAUCGCCUCCAGUUCUGGGGAGAAGAGGCACAUCAUCUUCACCAAAAGUUCAGCAGAUGAUAGAAGUUCAUCUGUCCCAGGAAAAGUCAAUAAGGCUUCUACUGCCACUAAGAGAUCCAUUGCAGACAGCGACGAGAAAUCUGAGGCAUACAAAUCUAUUUUUACAACACACAGCUCAGCAAAACGUCCAAAGGAAGAGUGUUCCAAUUGGGUUACUCACACAGCGUACUGUUUCUGAAACAAUGACAAGCCUGAUCGUAACGUUCAUCCCUGCUUUCCUUCCCUGAGGCUUUUUCUGUACAACUCUAAUGCAGAAAGUAGCUGAAGUUAUCUGGAAUUCAGUUUGCAAGUUGUCUGUAAACUAACAAAUAGCUAAUGAACUUGUGUUAGUUGCUACUGAAAUAAAAAAUAGGUAACCAGAAUCCAUGUUGUAUCAGCAUUCUGAAAUGAUGGCUUAUUUACCCAGUGUGUUUUCUGUUGUUUCCGUAGUUGUAUGCAGUAACUAGCCUCAGAAGGAGGAAUGAGGAUAGGAGGAUCUGCUUGCUCUCUUCUUCUGUUGAUUUUCACUGCAACUGUAUUUGAAGUUUUUGUUAUAUCAGCACAGAAAUUCAACUUUCUGAAAGAUUCUUCAGGCAUUUUCAAGUAAUAUUCAUUUUGAUGGAGCAUAUCAUAACCAUAACCCUUUGUGUUCAGUUGCACAGGCAUAUAAACGCUUAUUUUGUUAGUGUUAGAACAGGAUGAUUUUACAUCAUAGUGUAUUAACCUGGGCUUUCCUUCAGCCCUUUUAUUCUUAGCUUUUCUUCACAUCCAGGAGUCCUAUUAAAUUGUUACUGUUGUGUAGCAAUGAUUUAGUAGCUGAAUAUUUGAAUUCAGUAAUACCUGCAAUGACCAGGAAGAGGCAUGGAGGAUUUUCACCUUUCCUUCUUCCUUUUUAAAAAUUAAAAUCUGCUUUAGUGAUUUGGGCUCAAACAAACCAGAACAGGAGUGCAGAACCACUUUUACAACCACUGUGUGAUGUUACAGCAUUACUGUUGUGUGUGAAAAUGAUUAAUGAAUCCUCAUCAUUUCUUUUGAAAAGUAUCCCCAUUUAUAAUUGGCAGUAGUUAAUUGGAAAUGCAGAUGUUGUGUUUAUAUUUGCGUAGGUGAUCUUCAUGGUUCAGGCGUGUUGAAAGAAACUGCUGGGAUUUUAUUUCUGUUUUGAUAGGUGUCAUUAAACAUUGGCUCUCUGUUGAGUUUA